GGUUAGAGCCUGGGACCAUCUUCCUGCUUUCCCAGGCUCAGCUGCCCUCCUGGAACUCUUCUGGCAUUGGGAUGUCUCCUCCUCCUCUCCCAGCUCAGUUACAGGGUCCUCCUCUGCUCCCAGCCCCUUCCUUGCCCAGGCCUCCUGCUUCCUGCCUCCCUUCUCAGAGCCCUCAGUCAGCCUGCCAGGCAAGAGAAUCCCAGCCAGGCUUGUGUCUCCCAGCCUCGGGCUUCCCUGGUCAUUCCUGGCAGCCCCAUCCCAGAGCCCUCCUGGUCCUCAGCCUGUCCCAGCUCCCUCCCUCCUAGACCAGGCAGUUGUUCUGUGGCCUGGAUUCUGUUUGGGUGAGAGUUGGGCAGGGGGGCCGCAGGGAGGGCAGAGCUCUGACUGGGGGUCCUGGAGGCUCUCACUGCCCCCCUCCCAUCUGGGAUCCCAAAGCCCCUUCUGCCUCCUGGUCUCUGCAGGAGGAUGGGAGAAGAGGAGUAAGAGGGGGAGGGGGGAGUCUUCCUGCUCAGAGCACCUUCCUGUCCCUGCCUCACCUCCUUUCUUGUCCUCCCCCUGGACCCUGAAGGCUCUCCCUGCUGGACCUCAGCCUGCCUCAAUGCCUGCAGCCAGCCUCCUGCCCAGGAAGAGGAGACAAAGAGCUUGCAGAGGACCCAGAGGGGUGGCCCCUGGGAGCCCCGGCCCCCCAGCCCAGGUCUUGGUGACGUUCCAGGAUGUGGCUGUGGACUUCACCCAGGAGGAGUGGCGCCUCUUAGACUCUGGUCAGAAGGAGCUGUACAAGGAGGUGAUGGUGGAGAAUGCCCAGAACGUGCUCUCCCUGGGUCUUCCAGCUCCCAGAGAAGAUUGGAUCUCCCAUUUUGACCAAGGGAGAGCUCCAUGGAUGCUUGAGGGAGAAGACCCAAGCAACUCCUGUCUGGAGAGAAAUUAUAAGAAAAUGCAUGCAAAGGACAGAAGCUGGAGAUGGAUCAGCUGUCAGUCAAAUGAAGAUUCCUUUUGGAAUGUGACUGGGAAAAGCAGUUUGGAGGCAAAGAGAGGAGGCUUGGAAUGAGAGAGACUAAUGCAAAGCUCAGGGAAGAGUCACAACAGCCAAGAUUCAUGAACGAUUAUCACUGUGAUUUCAAUCUGAGAGAAAUCUGUG